AGAUUGAAACUACGCUCUGCUAACAGAACUUUUUUUAAACAAAAUUAUGGAGUUGAAGAGUGUUUAUAACUGGACUCAAUCACUAGAGGAGGAACUGAAACUCGUAUACUCUUUUUUAAAAUUUCCAGUAAUGGGAGCCUUCUCCAGUUCUCCUCUAUCUUAAACUCUUUUGUAAUACACUAGUACUAACAAGUACAUCCAUCAAAAUUGUUAUAUUUCAAAUUGAAACUAACCUCUAAAGGUGAACCUAACCUAGAAAUUUUAAUAAACGUUAUUUUCAUAAAUAAAAUGACUUCUACUUUGAUUUAUUAAGAAAAUUUAAUUAUCAGGUAUCCCAAUUAUACUAAUGGCUAAUGCUAUAAAAAAUGUUCUUGCCGAAUUUUCCCAGGACAUAGGAGAUUUCUACUUAAAAGAUAAUCAUGUUCAUGUUUUCGACACCGAAAUAAGUACAAAACAAUUUAAACUUGAUUAUGUGGCACAAAAUUUUCCUGUAUUAAUUAAAAAUGGCAUACAAAAUUGGCCCGCUGUUAAAAAAUGGAAUAUGAAUUAUUUCCGCCAUAUUUUAGGUAAUAAAGGUGUCAAUGUAGCAAUCACUCCUAAUGGAUACGCAGAUGGACUUGCUUUCAAAAACAACAAAGAAUAUUUUGUUAUGCCAUACGAAACACAAAUGCCAUUUUCUGAAUUCUUAAAUCAUUUGGAUAAUCCAAGGGAUAAUUUCAUUUGUUAUAUUCAAACACAGAAUUCGAAUUUACUGAAAGAUUUUCCAGAGUUAAAAAAUGAUGUAGAUUUGGAAUUAUCAUGGGCUACUUCCGCUUUUGAAGGACGACUGGAUGCAGUAAAUUUUUGGAUGGGUGAUCAUAGGGCAAUUACUAGUAUGCAUAAGGAUCCUUAUGAAAAUAUAUACUGCGUCGUUGAAGGUAAAAAGGAUUUCAUACUUAUCCCUCCAACAGAUAUUUGGCGAAUACCGUAUAAAAAUUAUCCGAAAGGUAUCUACAAUAUUAAUUCUCAAAAUCAAUUUACGAUUGACGAUGUUGCUAUUACUGAAGACUCUUUAGACAAUUCAAUAUCGUGGAUUGCAAUUGAUCCAUUAAAUCCUGAUAUAAAUUUAUAUCCAGACUAUAAGGAUGCAAAUAUAUUCAAGGUAACUGUAGAAGCUGGAGACUGUUUAUACUUGCCAUCCUUUUGGUUUCAUCAUGUUCGACAGAGUCAUGGAUGUAUUGCUGUUAAUUAUUGGUUUGAUAUGCAAUUUGGAUUAAAUUACUGUGUUUUUAAAUUAUUAGAAAAU